AUGAGUGAUAAGAGUUUGUCAGUGUAUUGUGAUGUUGAUUGGUCUGCUUGUACAUUUACUAGAAGAUCGUUGAGUGCGUAUGUUACACUGAUUGGAGAUUCGCCAGUGUCAUGGAAAACCAAAAAGCAAGGAGUGGUCUCUCAUUCGUCGGCUGAGGCAGAAUACAGAUCUAGGGCGCAGACUACAAGAGAAGUCAAGUGGCUUCGUGGCUUCGAUGAUUGCUUGGUGACUUGGGAGCAAAACAGCACAAGCCUUCGAAAAUGUUUUGUGAUAGUAAGUCAGCUAUCUAUAGAGUUUCCAAUCAUAUCUUUCAUGAACGAACUAAACAUAUUGAGUCAGACUGUCAUCAAGUUCGAGAUGCAAUUCAAGAUGGCAUGCUAG